AAAAGGGAAGUAAAGUUAUACAGGGAAUAUUUUAUUCGGAUAAAUAUCUUGUUUGUUGUGAUAGAAGGAUAUGAAAAUAUGAAAUAUUUCGUUACUGUGCUGUUAGUACCUGUCCUUUUAGAAGGAGUUGACGGCCUAUGUGAAACUACCACUUUGGAACCAUGUAUCUUCAAGAACAACAGAGAAUUACCGUAUUCAGUCUACACAAGGCAUCCUUCAAUUGACUACUCCUCCUCAACAGAUGAUACCAAAUAUUGUGACCUAUUUGCACUAAGGCAUGGUGCAUGGUACCGUAGUAGUUAUAACAUGACGAACUACUGCGUCGAUCACAGGAAAUGUGGGACCAAUGAUCCGAUAUAUCUAAACGGAAGUAUUCCGAGUUCAAAAGAAGGUGUGGUUGAUAGAAACGCUUGUGUACGGACGUUUGGAAACUGCUGUGAACAUGUAUUAAACCUACGGAUCAAAAACUGUGAAUACUUCAUGGUCUAUUGCUUCCUGGACUUACACCCUUCCUGUCAUAGCAGAUUCUGUUUUGAUGUUGAUCUAAGUGUUGAGACAACAACAGCUACAAAAACAACAACCAGUUCUACCACUCCGUCGACCACAACUACCACUACCACCACCAGAACAACACCUGCAUUACCACCUCCAACAGUGGCAACUACAGAAACAACCACUGGUGGGCAGGAUUCACAAUACGAUUACAUCUCUUGCAGAGGAAAAUACAUAAAGGAGAAUAAAGGAACCGUGGUUGCAUUGGCUGUUCUGUUGGUGAUUAGUGUAAUUGCACUUGUCGUUUUGGGAGUUCUGCUAUAUAGAACGAUAACGAAAAGAAUGCCGGAAGCUGCAUAUGUGGCUGAGAACCCUCCACCAUACGAAGAGUACAAGAUCAGUGACAACAAGGAUAUUUGAAUAUGUAAAGGGAAUAUUCUUGCAAACAUGAUUACGCCUAAUUGUGUCAAUUUGGACAUGUUUAGUAUAAAAUAAAUAAAACAUAAAUAUGAUUAUUUCUUUCGACAGAAAAAAUACAAUUCAAUUGGUUGGGCGCAUAAUCUAUGAUGUUUGCGACGUACAUUGUUUUAUUCUUAUUUUUAAUAUUUUCCCAUUUUUCAUUGUAAGUGAAAUAGCUUUUAUUAAAGAGUCACCGUGUUUGAAAGUGUGAACUAUUUGGAUAGACCAAGACGUUGUUUCUAAAUUUAGCCGGCAUUUGAUUUCUUUUAAGUAAUGUCGUUACAAAUAGAUCGGAAAAUUCGAUAGUGCAAUUUUUAAAGGUGCCUUGUUUGAAUGUUAAUAUUGUUUUUAUUUCACAUUCAAUAUGUCUUUGGAUCAUUUUGUGUUGUUUGUUUAGAUAAAAUUUAUCACGUAAAAGGGUUUAAUAAAUGAUGAUUUUAUACGUGACAUGGAAUGUCAAUUCAUGUAUUCUCUGCUUCGUCCAACCAAACCUUUCAACAGCAUUGAAGCUCACAAUCAUUGUCAUCAAACACAAAGAAAUAUAUGAAACCGCACCAUACCAGGCUUUGAUAACUCCCUCUUUAAACGAAAUAUUAGGACAUUAUUUUGACACCUAGUUUAUACUGAUGGAACAUUUGAGACUGAUAAAGCUCUGAA